UUGUCACCAAAAAUAAAAAAGUUUUGCAACUCCACGCAUCGCAUCCGCCGCUCUGUACGUGCGGUCGUGCGCAGAUCCGGAGAGCCCGCCGGCGAUGGAUCUCCCCGAAGAGAUGCUCGCCGACAUCCUGCGCCGCGUCCCGGCGCGCCACCUCGCCGCGUGCAGGCGCGUCUGUGGGUACUGGCGCGCCACCAUCGACGCCGGCAGGCUGGUCCUCCCGCACCUCCUGCCGGGCGCGCCGAGCGGCGCCUUCGUCAACAUGCCCGAGGCCUCGCGCGGCACCUACUUCUUCGCGCGCGGGGGGCCCACCGGCGGCGUCGACACCCGACUCGCCGAUGCGCCGACCAGGUGGUGCACCGCCUUCUUAGACCACUGCAACGGGGUCCUCAUGUGCGAGGCCAGCGAGGGCACGCGCUUCGUCUACAACCCGGCCACGCGGAGGUCGGCGGUGCUGCCGCCCGCGCCGCGCGCCGAGCCCUGGGGCGUCGCCUCCGCCGCGUACCUCGUGUUCGACCCCUUCGUGUCUCUCCACCACGAGGUGCUCCUGCUCCCCGAGCUGCCCGGCGAGCCCCAGCCCCCCGAACCCACCGACCCGCCGCCGCUGCCGCCGUUCAACGUUGCGCGGCUCUUCUUCGCGGACGCCGAGUCGUCGCCGCCGCCUCAGAUCGUCACCGACGAGGAGGACUGGUUGUCCUCGGACUCGGAAGACGAACCGCGGAAGCUUGCGAGGCCCCGUCAGCGUGAGCACAUCGAGGCGAAGGACACCUUGGGGCUUAUGGAAUGGCCGCCGUCGCCGUACGUGGUGCAGGUGUUCUCGUCCGAGACCGGCCGGUGGGACGACAGGGCGUUCUUCCGGGAAGGCGCCGCCGCCGGGACGGUGGCCGACAUGUGGUCGGAUCCACUGUCAUCCAGCUACGUUAUGGGAUUUUAUCUACCCGAUUGCGGGCCGCGCCGCCGCGACGCCGUCUACUGGCGGCAAUCGCUCUACGUCCAUUGCCGCGGCGGUUUCAUCAUCAGGUUGUCGCUGCUGACGGGGAAGUAUGUGGUGAUCAAAACCCCAGGAGUCACCAAAGUCGCCGAGCGUCCGUGGGCUAUGCCGCGCCUGAGCAAGUCUCGGAAGGGGGUUUACUGCACCAUCAUCGACAUGCUAAAGCUCCAGGUAUGGGUACUGACCGAAGAAGAAUCACCGACGGCGACGCCAGUGUGGGAGAUGGCACAUCAGGCCGACCUCGAGCCCUCCAUCAGGCAACUGAUGUGCAAAAGCCUCCAAAACACUGAGAAGUCUUGGAUCCUGGACGAUCCCAGGAGAUCGAAAUCAUCUGCGGAGCAGAGAUGCCGCGAAUGGGACUCUGACAACGACGACGAUGAUGGCGCCUAUGUUGAGGAAGAAGAAGGGGGUGGCGCCUUUGGUUGGCUGGAUUUCUUGGGGUACCAUCCUCAUAAGGAGAUUGUGUUGUUGGGCCACCAGUACAAGCGUUGUGCUUAUGCCUACUACCUGAGCACCUCCAAGCUUGAGUACCUUGGUGAUCUUUGUCCGGUACCAGAUGAUUAUUUUCCCGCUUGUGUGCAGGAGUCGUACGUGUAUACUCCGUGCAGGAUCGACCUGCUGUCUGAUGAGAAUGGUGUCUCUGUUGAUUUGAGUAAAUGGGUUUCAUAAGCUAGCUAGAUAGCCAAUGAAACAAUAUGAGAGAGUUGUGUACUCCCUCUGAUCCAAAAAAAGUGUCGUGGUUUUAGUUAGUAGUAUAGAAGGAUUUGGAGAAUAAAAUAAAUGAACUGAGGAACUCUUCUGUAAAUUAGACUAGCCCUUGCAAUGAUGUAAUUGUCAGGUGGAAGUGGAACUCAAUGAUUUUACAUAUACAUGAGCUUGCUUAAA